UAUUAUCUAUUUAUAGUAAUGAGCCCAAACCGUUAUUUAUAGCAAACAAGAUGUCAAGUGGUAACGUCUUAGAUGAGAGCUCUAAGAUUAGGGUUGAUGCCUCUAUCUUGGAUAUGCCGCCGGAGCUUCGCAGACUGGUAGGAAGCAUCGACGUUAUGGCCGAAGCUGAGGCUAGUGGGGAAAAUAAUGCGAAAAGUGAGGAAAUUCGGAAUAACGAACCGCCCCCAUUUCCAACCCCGUCUUUGGCGCUACUUGAACAAAUUGAUGAACUCUACACCUCGUAUACUUGGCUGGUGGAGGCGGUGUGUCGUUCCCUCGGCCCAACUGCAGCCCCGAAUGAAGAUGAGGCCGAAGUUAUUAUUCAGGAGCUGAAGGAGCGUGUGGGAAGACUACAAGCGGGGAUUCGAUCAAAGAUCCAUCAAACCGGACGCUUUGCCUUGCUAAAUCACCUGAAUUCAGAGGUGGAGAAAAGACAGGCCGCCUUAACAAGGAUGGAGUCCGUCUUGGCCACUGCCAAACGACACCUUUGAGAUCGAGCGAUGUUGCCAACUGUUAAGCAGGGACAGGGAAGAGGUUUAAAUGGACUUUUCUGACGUUGUGAUUCUGCAGGUGUAUAUUUAUGCAUGUAGGCAUUUAUAUAAAUCUAUAUAUAUAUAUGUUAUGACAUAAUAAGGUUCUCUUUAA